AUGUUACCAAAAAGGCACGCAGGCACCGCUCCGCCAGCAGUUGCGCUCCUGUUUAGACUCCUGACGGCUGCAGUUAACCUGGCUGGGAGUAUGUCUAAUAAUCUAAUUGAACCCAGUAGCGUUUACUUCCAGCUGGGCAUGCGUAGGGUGGCACUGAAAAUCAAUAAUGGACUUUUUUGAAUUCGCAUUGUUUUUGCAGAGGCAACUCCCCACCCCACCCCUAACUUCCCCAAAUCCCAUCAAGUCAGAAAUCAUGCCACCAAUGGGACAAAGCAUUCAUCUGAGGCACGGAUUAGGGUGAGUGUUCAUAAUUUUUAAACAGCCUGCCCAAACGACCAUAAAACCCUUAUUGCAUCAAUGACUCUGCACUUGAGGGGACCCAUGCCCCGCAUUUUAAAACGAACAAGAAUUGCAGUCUCCUUGCAAUGUUCUUUCUUUUCAUUUCUGCCCGGGCGCCUCACAGUUGGGCCGAGAUAGAAUCUGUAUCUUUGUAGCCAGAGACAGAAUCAUAAUAUUGUUCACCUGCCCCAUCACACAUUCACAUUAUGCACAGCAGGACUUCAAACCUGUGAUAAAAUCUUGCACAGGUUUCAAUAAUUACUUUUAAACCCAUUGAAGUCAGUAGGAGGGAAAUUUCUUGUACCAGGGCCAAAGCUGAUGUAAAGUUGCACUGUUGAUGGGGUAUGAGGCCACGGAUGGAUAAGACAGAGAGAGAAUGGAAUAAGUGGGCCGCCUGCAACUCCACAGAGUAAAUGAUUGAACAAUUGCAUGGGCUUUGUUUCAACUGGAGAUGAGGUGAGGCUAUGCAUGUCACUGAAGUUUAAUUACUCUGCUUUCUGUGAUACUGGGGUUUUCUGUGAUACUGUGAUACUGUGAUUCCAGUCUCCUCCUUCAGUCAGUCCUCAUAUUCCUGGCUAUGGCCUUCUCCUGGCCAUGGCUGAGACACUGCCAGCGGGUAGCCUGCCAAAUGGUUAUUGGAAAAGUAUCCACAGGCUUGCCUCAUCGCUGGAUGAGAGGCUAGUUUGGCCCAUUUUGCGAAAAAAAGAUGUGUGUACGUAUAUGUUUAAAAUGCUUCCCCAGCCGCUACCAGGAAGGAAGUCAGAGAUAUGAACUCUGUUGCUGGGAAGAUUGGUCCAAUCUCGCUUGUAGUGACAAGCCUUCACGGCAGAGCUGACCCCAACUCCCAGCGUAACUGCAUAAAACGUGUUUUAUGAGCUCCAUAAACCUCCUCCUCUUUGUGGUUGACGCAUGAUGCCUUGUUCUUGAGAUCUAUAGGCCGUUUGGAACCGGGACAAGAUCAACACAAUGCAAAUGGAUGUAGAUCAGCUCUUCCCGCAGAAUCCAGGCUGCCCCUCUUAUUUACCUGCUCUGCCCACUGCCUUGGCUUGCCUGUCUGUACG